AUGGCGAGUGCGCAAAAGGGUGCGGACCAGCCCGCUCAACUCACCACCACGGAUAUCCAGAGCGCGAUAGCUCAUCCGGGAACUAUUCAGAUCAAUGUUCAGGGCGCAUUCAUUGUUGAUGACGAGUCGAAGACUCCCAAUGGCUUCUUGCACGAUUGCGAGGAUUACAAGCAUGACCACAAUGACAUUCGGCUGCCCAACCACACGGCGGUUGUGAGCCACGUUGCUGUUGAUAUUGGCGGCUCCCUCGCAAAACUCGUCUACUUCUCACGCGAGCCCGGCGAAUCCCCAGAUCUCGGCGGCCGCCUCAACUUCCUCAAGUUCGAGACCGACAAGAUCGAAGCAUGCAUCGAGUUCCUACGACAGCUUAAGCUCGAGCACCAAGCUCAGAAUGGCUCGAAGCCGACGUCACGCGACCUGUGCGUCAUGGCAACUGGGGGCGGCGCAUUCAAGUACUACGACAAGAUCAAGGAAGCGCUAGGCGUCAAGGUGCAGGCGGAGGAUGAGAUGGAGUGCUUGAUUAUCGGUCUCGAUUUUUUCAUAACAGAAAUCCCCUCUGAGGUCUUUACCUACAGCGAAACAGACCCGAUGCACUUCGUCGAAGCUCGCGCAGACAUCUAUCCCUACCUCCUCGUGAACAUCGGCUCCGGCGUGUCCAUGAUCAAGGUCUCCGGCCCGCGCGAGUACCAGCGUGUUGGCGGAACCUCUCUCGGCGGCGGCACGCUCUGGGGCCUGCUAUCCCUCCUCACCGGGGCGCGGAACUUCGACGAGAUGCUCAAAAUGGCCGACCAGGGCGACAAUACUGCUGUCGACAUGCUGGUUGGUGACAUCUACGGGACGGGACGCGAUUACGAUAAGAUUGGGCUCAAGAGCACAACCAUCGCGAGCAGUUUCGGGAAGGUAUACAAGAUGAAGCGGCAGGCUGAGCGGGAGGCCGAGGACCACGGGGGACUGGCCAACGGGGAUGAUGGAUUUAGUCGUAGUGCUUCGCCGGAGUUGGAUGGCGUCGAUGGCCCACACGAAGUGGCUGUAGAUGGGAUAUCGUUCAAGCCGGAGGAUGUUAGCCGGAGUUUGCUUUACGCCGUGAGCAACAACAUCGGUCAAAUCGCCUACUUGCAUGCAGAAAAGCACAAUCUGGAGCACAUUUACUUCGGCGGCUCUUUCAUUGGCGGUCACCGGCAGACCAUGAACACUCUCUCCUAUGCCAUCCGCUUUUGGUCCAAGGGCCAGAAGAAAGCUUACUUCCUAAGACACGAAGGUUAUUUGGGGGCGGUGGGUGCUUUUCUGAAACGACAGCCGCCGAACUGGGGACGGAGAAACAGCUUGGAUGGGCUGUAUACGCUUAACAGGGCAAGCUCGAGGGGACAAUAA